AUGGACUAUAAAGCACUUGGAAAUGACGCUUUUAAGACUGGUGAUUUUGAAAAAGCGGUAGAACUGUUUACUAAAGGGAUAAUCAGCAAUCCAACUGAACAUACACUAUAUUCUAAUCGUUCUGGUGCUUAUGCGUCGCUAGGGAAGUACAAAGAAGCACUUGAUGAUGCUAAGAAGUGUAUUGAGUUAAAUCCAAAGUGGCCAAAGGGUUACUCUCGUCUAGGCUAUGCCCAGUAUAAUUUGGGGCAACGUGACGAGGCAAUUGCUUCAUAUAAGAAAGGAUUAGAAAUAGAUCCAAGCAACACUUCAUUGCAAAAUGCUUUGAGGGAGAUUGAAAAUGAGGGGAAUGAGACCAUGCAAGCGCUGAUGGAUGUGUCUAAUGUUGUGAAUAAUGAUCCUAAACUUGCUGGUUACGCUAAGGAAGACCCUGAAUUUAUUCUUAAAGUCGCUAAGAUCUUGAUUUCACUUAAGAAAAAUCCACAAGACAUACAAUAUUUGUUUCAGAAUCCCGAUCCAAGGCUGCAAGAAGCUUUGUUUGCCAUUAUGGGUAUAAGGAAUCCUGAAACUCCCCAAGAGCCCAAGGAAUCCCCAGAGUAUAAAAAAACUUCUGAGCCAAAAGAACCAGAAAAGGAACUAGCUCCACAUGAGAAGCAAUCUGAAGAGUUUAAGAAGCAGGGGAACGAGCAUUACAAGAGUAAGAGGUUUAACGAAGCUCUGCAAUGCUACGAUAAAGCAAUCGAACUCAACCCCAAUAACCUUAUAUAUCGUAACAACAAAGCAGCUGUGUAUUUAGAAAUGAAGGAAUUUGACAAAUGUCUUAAGGAGUGUAAUGAUGCCAUAGACAUGAGGUACGAGGUCAAAGCCAGUUUUAAUGAUAUUGCCAAGGUAUAUAAUAGAAUGGCAUCCUGCUACAAAGCUAUGGGCAAAUAUGACGAAGCAAUAUCUAGUUAUAAAAAAUCUUUAUUGGAAGAUAACAACAGAUUCACACGCAGUGCUCUGAAAGAGGUAGAAAGGAUGAAGGAGAAGGCUGAAUCUGAAGCUUAUAUUGAUGUUGGUCUAGCUGAUCAACACCGAGAAAAGGGAAAUGAAUUAUUUAAUAAGGGUGAAUAUCCAGCUGCCAUUAAAGAGUAUGAUGAAGGUGUACGGAGAAAUCCUAAGGAUCCAAAGAUUUACAACAACAGAGCUGCCGCUUAUAUGAAACUUUUGGAAUACCCAUUUGCACUCAAAGAUUGUGAAAAGGCAUUAGAAAUCGAUCCAAACUUUUCAAAAGCAUGGGCCAGGAAGGGAAACCUUCAUAUGUUGAUGAAGGAAUAUCAGAAGGCAUUACAGGCCUACGAUAAAGGAUUGGCAGCUGACAUAAAUAACCAACAAUGUAGUGAUGGAAAGAUGAAAUGUAUUGCCAAGAUCCAGGAAAUGUCGCAAUCUGGUCAGAUUGAUGAGGAGCAGUAUAGGCAUGCUAUGGCUGAUCCGGAAAUACAGGCGAUUCUUGGCGAUCCACAGUUCCAUUUGAUUUUGAAGAAGAUUACUGAGAGUCCAGAGUGUAUGGAGGAGUACAUGAAGGACCCGAAGAUUUCCAACGCAGUGAACAAACUUAUUGCUGCCGGUAUUAUUCAAGUUAAAUGA